GCCAUUGGUACAAUGGUGAAGUUCACUGCGCUGUUAGAGAAAGUCAACAAUCUACAAGUCGACGAUCCUAUAAGCUCGAUUAACAGGAUCGACGAGUGUUUUCUCAAGCUAGAGAAACACGGGUUCAAUGUUACAACGCAUCGGUCUCGGAUCUCCAAGCUUUUGUUCAUUAAAGAAAGCCAGACAUCGGCGUUGGAAGAGUUA